GGAAAACAAAAACAGUAAAGAUUGCCCUUGCUUUUUAAGAUCUGCACACGAGUUCAGCAAGAGAGAGAGAGAGAGAGAGAGAGAGAAAUGGCUAUGUCCAAGGCCAAGGAGAUGGUCGCCUCCAACCCAGUCGUCGUCUUCAGCAAAUCGUAUUGUCCGUACUGCGUGAGCGUGAAGAAACUUUUCACGGAUAUCGGAGCCACUUUCAAGGCCGUUGAGUUGGAUUCUGAAGCUGAUGGAAGCGAGAUACAAGCAGCAUUGAAAGAAUGGACUGGUCAGAAAACUGUGCCGAAUGUGUUCAUUGGCGGCAAUCACAUCGGUGGCUGCGAUGCAACAACGGCCAUGCACAAGGGAGGAAAGCUCAUGCCUUUGCUGGCUGAUGCUGGAGCUGUUGCCAAAUCUUCUUCCUCUUAGAGGAUUACUUGUGUCUGGUUUCUACAAAUGCUAUGUUACCAGUUACCGCUAUUGUAAUAAAUUAGUUACAUUUUUGUUGGCUGUCUUUGUUGUUUGACUCUGCUCUAAAACCUUAAGAGCAAUUUGCAUGAAGUUGUUAAUGUUUUCAUGGUUUCAAUCUCUUUUUAUGGAGAUUUGAUUAAUCUAUGGAAUAAGUUGCAUUUGUGGAA